AUGAUAUCAACACUUGAUCCGAUUCUUGCAUCAGAAAAGUAUCGACUCGAAACAUUUUCAAGUCUUGUGAAUUUCCCUCUGACGACGCGGUAUGAAUUGGCUCUUGCUGGUUUUAUUUACCGUGAUUGUCAAUGUUUAUGUUCGACAUGUGGUGUGACAAUUAAUCUAAUUACUUUGGACGAAAAUCGAACAUAUGCUUCGAAUUAUUUUCGCGUGUUACAUCGACAAAAAGCUUUACAUCUUGGCAAACGUUGCUCUUUCUUAUUGUGCGAACUGGGCACGAAUAUUGAUGAUCUACGUGCUGAACAAGAUGAAAAGCUUUUGUGGGAAGACGCUGAACAGCCCGACUUUAUCGAUUACAGCACACGUUUACAAUCAUUUCAAUCAUGGCCACAUCGACAGCAACUAACGAAUACUUUCGUGACACCAGCUACACUGGCAGAACAUGGAUUUUAUUAUUCAGGACCCCAAGAUGGUGUGACUUGUUUCUAUUGCGGUAACACAUUAACAGAUUGGGCUGAUGCAAUUAAAUCGUCGAAUGAUAAGAUUGUUCAACUUGAACAUGCAAGAUUUUUCCCAUGUCGGUUUAUCAACCAUACUGUUGGAGGAAAAUUUGUAACAAAUGCUGGAUACUUCCAUGUAGUUUCUGAUCGAGAACGCCGUGCUCGUAACCCGAUCACGUCGAAAUCGCUGACUGUGUCAGAUAAGCCACAAUCUAUAGAUGAGUGUUUAUCAACAUUUGAAUGCUGGCCGGAAUAUGCUCCAAUAUCUGCUGAGAAUCUUGCUCAAGCCGGUUUUUAUUAUUUAGGAUAUGAAUUGUCAGUUAAGUGUUACAUCUGUGACUUAGAAGUUGAUGAUUGGCAUAGUGGUAUGACGGCAUUCGGUACUCAUAGUCGACGUCGGAAGAGCUGUGAAUUGAUCCAAGCGAUACUUUCCACAAAAAUAAAUGAUUUUCAAUGUGUGAAUGAAAGAUGGCGUUUGAAAACACUUGAAGGACUAUCAUUUGGUACAAAUCGUGACGAACGCAUAUGUCGAGAAUUAGCAGCAUGCGGUUUUUAUCGUUUGAAAAAUACGAAUCAUAUUCGUUGUGCAUAUUGUGCAGUUUUAAUUCAACCAGAGUCGGACUCAUCGAUUAUGUUUCAACAUCGUUAUUUAGCAAAACAGUUACCUAAAACGACUGUUCUCGAUUGUUUAAUGGUUCGAGCACAAUGUCCAACAAAUGUGGUUAUUCCUGACCGAGAGCGUUUUCCUGAGCAUCCAGAUUAUCAAUCAAUAUUCGAUCGAAUCAGAUCAUUUGAUGAUUAUAAAGAAAAAUAUAAAGAAUCCGAUAAAUUCAUUCGAGAAAGAUCUGACGCAGGGUUUUUCCUUGAUACGAUGAAACGUAUGCGAUGUUUUCAAUGUGGAAACACAUUAUUAAUUAAUGAUAGGAAAUUGUAUGACAAGUUUCCUGAUUAUAGCAUCGCAAAACUGCAUGCUCAUUUCUAUCCAACGUGCGAAUGGGUUAAAGAGCUGUUGGGUUGCAAAUAUAUUGCCCAAGUACUUCUCGAUCGAACGAAAUCAAAUGAAUUCGAACAUCAACAAUCUUACAAUACCCAGUUCUCAUCGUCAUCGGCACCGGCACCUUUAUAUUCUCUCUCGUCGAUUUCAACAGUGUCAAGUCUGACUGACCGGCGAUCUUCGAAUGAAUUGAACAUGUCUGAUUAUUCCGAAGAAUCCGAUAGCGAUGAUGGCUACGAAACAGUGGCAACACCAUUUCGUGCCGACUAUAAUGACUAUGUAUCACCGAUACAAUCACCGACGUCACUUACCACAGCGAUGCCUGCACAAGUUUGUACAGAUGCAAUGAUAACUACGAAUCAUGGUCGGCUGACAUCACCGACUUUGAUCAAUCACAUCAAUCCCUUUCAACAAGUUUUAAACCAAGCAAGAUCGCCACCUAUGGAUAUUGCUGCUACUGAUCUUUCACCGGUUGAUCCUCAAUCUUUAUUCGUCUAUGAAUCGAAUCGUUUGGAUUCAUUCAAGAAAUUAAAUCGCCAAACAUUUGCUCAGAUGAAUAUUGACGAGCUUGCUUAUGCUGGAUUUUAUUUAAACGGAGAGGGCACAAUUAUUCAAUGCCCUUGGUGUCUAUUAGAGCUAACAGAAGCCAUGUGCGAGAGAAUUCUACGGCGACGACCUGCCAUUCCUCAUUCACCGUUGAACGAUGAACCGUGGACGGCAAUGCGUGUACAUAGACAUGCCAGCGGGCAGGUUACAAAUAAAACCCAUCCAUGGUGUUCAUGGGUGAGACGUGAACUUAGCGGACUUUAUUCAAAUAUUCCUAUGACUCAAAGUUUUAUGCAGUAUCCGGAAUAUCCAACGUACGCCAAUGUUGAAAAACGUAUCAAAUCAUUUGAUUCCGAUUGGACUUUUCCCAGCGGCAGUCGUCUGUCGAAUUCAUUGAUGGCCAAUGCUGGUUUCAUCUGUUUGGAUGCAAAUAAAGUUUGUUGUUACUAUUGUGGCAAUCGUUUGUGUGAUUUUGAACCACGUGAUUGUCCAUUCGAGGAACAUGCGAUCUUUCAUCCAUUAUGUGAUUAUAUUAUUCAAAAACGUGGUUUAUCUUAUAUUGAACGCAUUCUCAAAGAAUCGCCUCGCAUUCCGCACGCACGGCAAAAGUAUGAGAUGAAAGGUACACAAAAAGUCAAAUGUAUCUUGUUCGAUAAAACCGGUCAAACAGCUAACAAGAACAAACGAGUACCUGUCAAAAAAGUGAACUCACGAUCAUUACUGAUGGCGAAUCGAAGUGUUUCGCAUCCACCAAUGGAUCACUUCAUUACAGAUGAAAAUAUUUGUCAAAUUUGUCGCGAUAAUCUUGCUGCAUAUGUCUACGAUCCAUGUCAACAUUGUCCUAUGUGUGGAGAAUGCUUCGCAAAGUUAACUCUACAACAGCACGAAGAAUGCAUUCUUUGUCGUCAACAAGCUAUCAUACAUUCACGUGUUCGGAUAAAUUCAUUUUAA